ACUUGUCACUUUGGCAUUUGCUGGAUCGAUGGGAAUGACUCUUGUCAUAUUAGCUUGUGCUCUUCCACAUUUUAACAAAUUAUGGUGGCCCUUUUUUGUAGUGAUUUUUUAUAUUUUGGCUCCAUUGCCUACAAUGAUUGCAAAAAGAUACAGUAACGACUCAAGUUCAAGCAACGCUUGCUUGGAAUUUGCAAUAUUUAUCACUAUGGGGAUCGUUGUUAGUUCAUUUGCAUUGCCCAUAGUACUAGCUCGUACUCCUGCUGCUGUGCCUACCCCCGAUCAGCCUGGAAUUCAAUGGGCUGCUUGCUAUUUAACAUUGGCGGGAAACGUUGUUGUAUAUCUUACAUUACUGGGAUUCUUUCUCACAUUCGAUCAAGAUGAUGCUGACUAUAGCAUGUGGUGA